GCUCAGACUCGCGCUAAAAGUUUUGAGCUCCUCAAAAGUCCAGAGGCACCAUCCUUGGCGCAGGUAGCCGCUGGGCUCCGGGGUCACCUGGUGUCCGGCCUCGGAGCGUGCUUCCCAGGACGGUGACACUCUCCCCUGAGGUUUGGUGGCCCUACCACUGUCCAAGGAGCUGUGAUGGAGGAGACGCAGACAGAACUCGGCAUCGAGCCCCCUCUGAGUCAGGAGACGUUUUCAGAUUUGUGGAAACUACUUCCUGAAAACAAUGUUCUGUCCCCUGACCUGUCCCCAGCAGUGAAUAAUCUGCUGCUGUCCCCAGAUGUUGUGAACUGGCUGGAUGAAGGCCCAGAUGAAGCCCCCAGAAUGCCAGCAGCUCCUGCACCACUAGCCCCUGCACCAGCCACCUCCUGGCCCCUGUCAUCCUUUGUCCCUUCCCAAAAGACCUACCCUGGCUGCUAUGGUUUCCGUUUAGGGUUCCUGAAUUCUGGGACAGCCAAGUCUGUUACUUGCACGUACUCCCCUACCCUCAACAAACUGUUUUGCCAGCUGGCAAAGACCUGCCCCGUGCAGCUCCUGGUCAGCUCACCACCCCCACCCGGCACCCGUGUCCGGGCCAUGGCCAUCUACAAGAAGUCAGAGUUCAUGACGGAGGUCGUGAGGCGCUGCCCCCACCAUGAACGCUGCUCUGACAGUAGCGAUGGUCUGGCCCCUCCUCAGCAUCUCAUCCGGGUGGAAGGGAAUCUGCGUGCUGAGUAUUUGGAUGACAGAAACACUUUUCGACAUAGCGUGGUGGUGCCCUACGAGCCACCUGAGGUUGGCUCUGACUGUACCACCAUCCACUACAACUUCAUGUGUAACAGCUCCUGCAUGGGCGGCAUGAACCGGCGGCCCAUCCUCACUAUCAUCACCCUGGAAGACUCCAGUGGUAAUCUGCUGGGACGGAACAGCUUUGAGGUGCGUGUUUGUGCCUGUCCUGGGAGAGACCGGCGCACAGAGGAAGAAAACUUCCGCAAGAAGGAGGAACCUUGCCCUGAGCCGCCUCCUAGGAGCACUAAGCGAGUAUUGUCCAGUAACACCAGCUCCUCUCCCCCACAAAAGAAGAAGCCACUGGAUGGAGAAUAUUUCACCCUUCAGAUCCGUGGGCGUGAACGUUUUGAGAUGUUCCGAGAGCUGAAUGAGGCCUUGGAGCUGAAAGAUGCCCAGACUGGAAAGGAGCCAGGGGGAAGCAAGGCUCACUCCAGCCACCUGAAGUCUAAGAAGGGGCAGUCUACCUCCUCCCAUAAAAAGCUGAUAUUCAAGAGAGAAGGGCCUGACUCAGACUGACAUUCUCUGCUUCCUGUCCCCUGUCGACACCCCACCCUCACCCCCCUUCCCUGGCAUUUUCGGGUACGCGGGAGCUUGAACCUCUGCUUGCUACAGGUGUGCCUCAGAACCCCCAGGAAUUCUUCCAUUUGCCUUGGCCUGGGGUCCCAGGAAAGAAGUUGGCCUGCACUGGCGGUUUUUUGGGGAAGUGGGGGGUGCUGGGACGUUCCAGCUUGUCUUUUAAGGUUUUUAUUGUGAGAACGUUUGAGAGAGGUAGCAAAAUGUUUCUGUGUGAAAGGAACAUUUUAGAACCAACCAGCCAUACAGUGGGCUGGAAGCCCAGUUCUCCACCGUACUAGCCAGGGAAGCUGGCUAGUUGUUGGAUUUCUCCUAACAUCAUUGUGCACAUUUAUAAAGUGCUGAUAAUUGUACCCACCUCACGGGGUUUGUUGUGAGGGGUAAUGAAAUAAUGUAUACCUGAUCCUGGAACUACCGUUUAUGACACGAUGUCUGGGACUUGUUGCUGUCAUGGAGGCUGGCUCCCUGUCCCCCCCGGUGGAUGGGUUGAUAGUUUCUAUGAUUGGGCAGCUAGUUCAGGAGAGGGAAUUUCCAAGUCUCUUUUCUGCUGGCCCGGCCAAAUCCUGUCUAACCUCUGGGUGAACCUCAGCACCUAAAAGGAAAUCUCACCCCAUCCCGCGCGUGGAGGGUGCCAUCCCUGGUGUACCUCCCAAGAUCUGUUUUACUUCCUCCACAUGCUCAGGGCCGAUUCCUUUUGCACUCUGCAAGGCACAUCUGCAUUUGUCACCCGCACCCCUUCUCUUCCCUUUUUAUAUCCCAUUUUUAUAUCAGUUUCUUAUUUUACAAUAAAAUUUUUCUACCA